UGCAUUCGCGGGGAAGUGUUAAAUAAAUUAAUUAACGUUCAUAGAGUAUAUCAGGCUAAAAUUAAGUCGACAUUAAAAGAAUGAAUUCGUUCUUGUUAUUUUCAAAAAAAUAGUUGCUCCAGUGCUACAUAUUUUCUGAAUACCAUCACACAUCACUCAUUUUUACUGCCUUAUUCUUUAUCACCUGCCAGCAUCGUCCUGAGACGUCGAAAAAUGACAAAAUACCGUCAUAUUUCAAGGAAAAUUGUCAAAAACCGUCGUAAAUCCUAAUCAAGUAAAGUCAUAUAUACCAGGAAAAACUUGCGAAAAGCCAUAACCACAAAGAAACGCCGUGCGUACAUCAUGUUCCGUAACUCCAUUUUCCUCUUACUACUCCUAGGCGUGAUCGGACGAGUGAUCAGCUCCGAACACCGUAAACGGAAUAAUUCUCUCGUUUUACCGGAGAAUGAACAGUCGCAUUCUUUGCUGCUGGUUAAUCCAGAGCAAGUGAAAUCCUUGGAGGAAACGAUUCGACGUUUUCUGUCAACGUUGGCGGAACCAAUCAACAAGCCGAUUAUACUGAGAUCAACCGGGAACAAUCUGCAAUCGUCGAUUCGCGAGAUGUGCGACUCAAUGCGGAACAAGCUGAUGGGAUUCGCGGAAGAUUGCAAUCUGACCACGACUGCCGAACGUUAUCGGCAAAGUUCGAAGGAACUUCCUGUCUCCAGCGACUGGUUCUCUGAAGCGAUGCUGCAAAUUGCAUUUUUGUUACGCGAUGUCGGCGAUAUGGUUAACGAAAUCGGCGAUAAAAUUAAGAAGCAUUUCGGCGAACGCAGUAUUGUCUCGCCAAAAAGUCAGCAACCAAUGCAGCACUCCGAGGAUCUAGAAUUCCUAGGCGUGAUCUACGACGCAGCAGAUUUCGGAGAAAGGCUCUCCCAUUGCCUAAACCGUCUGUCGAAGCUGAAAAGGCAGGAAUCGCCGUUCGACAUCAAGCAUAUCUUGUUAAACAUCGCCAAAAAUCCUCCAGAAAUUGCAGUGGAAGUCUUGGAAUCCAGUUUGCAAUACGCAUCGACCGGAGACAUUCCGAAAAAUCGAGCGCGCAGCAACUGGCACGCUUACUUCUGUCGAUCGAUGAUAAAACAUGAAGGAGCAGCAGCUGCCUUUCGUAACUGCGUUCAAGAUCUGCAGAAUCUCGAAAGGUGUGUCCAGUCCCCGGAAACACGAUCCGUAAAUCGCGGCAGGAAAAACGAGGAAAAUCAAUGGCUCAAAGCGAUCGAACAGCUGAGCGAUUGCGAGGUGCGCACAGACGAGGAUGGCAUACAGAAGGUGAUUUGUAAAUCAGGAAGCAAAAUGCCGAAGACGGUGCAACAGAAGAUGAAGUACACCUUCGAGAAAAUUCUGGAUAGGAAGAUUUCGAAACGAUCUACUUUCCAUCGAGCUGUCCGCGAUUUAAGCGACACGCUGUCGAAAAAACCGUGGGGUCGGAAGCUUUCCGACCAGUGUUAUCAAUUCUCUAUGAUCUAUGACAAUGGACUGCAGAAAUUGAAGAGGUCUUCCGUGCUCGCUGCCAGAGAUAGCAGAGCUGCGGCAAAGCACAGAAAGGUCCUCGGAGCGUUCCAGGUGUACAGAAAUGGCGCAUUCGAAAGAAUAUUUGGCGCAAUCGGUGGACUGCACCGUUCCACGACCGAGUUCGAAAAAUUUUUAGUGGGCGGGGUUCAGAAUAUAAUGAACGAGUCCUGGCAGAGCCACAUGAAGAUCAUGUCGUGUAUGAUGGACUGGAUGAACAAGGUGUUGCAGUUUUACUCUGACAACGGCAGUGGUUUGGGAGAGAAACCGCCAGAGACGAACAAGGUGGCGGAAGAAUCGAAUGAAAGCGAUAAUUGGAGCUCGGAAUUUUUCGAGAGCGACAAGAGAAGAACUAAAAAAGCAUCUCGACAUCGUUCCGCAGCUUUGGGAAGAGCGGAAGCCUCGAUGGACAAUUUCAUCGAAUCCAUGAAUCGCGUUAGCAGAGUCCGAAGCACAAACGACACGAGCAUGUUGGCUGGUUUAACGAACAAUCUUCUGUUAGUUACAAUGUUCGUAGAAACGCUCGGCUUUGUUUCCACUUUGUACUGUUUCGAGCAUGGAAUGAAAAACGAAACCGAGCCCCCGCAUUUUGAGGACGACAACCGGCUUACGCGUUGACCGCUGCGCUGCCUUUAGUUCGUACAGGGAUUAUUCGAUUCGAUUCCAAAGGAUUAUGCGCCCUUUGAACCUCGUGAAAACCUGACUAAAGUUGCCCCGAUAGUUGUGCAAACUAUGAGAUUGUACGAAAAUUUUACGAAAAUUGUUCUCAUUAUUAUCCCAACGCUGCGCUUUGUUGAGAAAUAAACAAUAUUUGAUGCGUCGA